GCGGGAGUGCGGCUCCUCCCCGGUGUCACGUUGCGCCCGGACCCUGCUGCUGACAUGGCGGUCCCGGGGAAGGCGGAGGGGGAAGCGGCUGCGUGCGGAGUCCCUCUCCUCCUUCCCGGGCCCUCCAUGUCACCCAGGCUGGUCCUCCUGCUUUUGGGCCUAGCCUGCCUGGCUCGUCGGUCCGCCGGCGCCCUGCCCGAGGGUCUGUACUGCGGGCAGCAGGUGUGCUAUGAUGUGCUGGGAGUGAGCAGAGACGCCGAGAAGGCAGAUAUAGCCCGGGCGUACCGGCAGCUGGCCAGGAAGUAUCACCCGGACCGGUACCGGAGCAGCGCGGACAAGGAGGCCGCACAUGAGCAGUUCCUGCUGGUGGCCACAGCCUACGAGACUCUUAAGGAUGAAGAAACACGGAAAGAUUAUGAUUACAUGUUGGAUCACCCCGAGGAGUACUACAGACACUACUAUAAUUACUACAGUAGGAGACUUGCUCCAAAAGUGGAUGUGAGGAUAGUCAUCCUGGUUACAGUGUGCAUCAUAUCACUUUUUCAGUUUUAUAGCUGGAGGAGUAGAUACAAUGAAGCCAUUAAAUACUUAGCAACAGUGCCAAAAUACAGAAUACAGGCGUCUGAAAUUGCAAAGCAACAAGGAAUGCUGAACCGAGCAAAAGAAAAGGGGAAGAACAGGAGGUGUAAAGAAGAAAUUAAGGAGGAAGAGGAGGAGAUUAUCAGGGACAUUAUCAAGAACAAAAUAGACAUCAAAGGGGGCUAUCAAAAGCCGCAACUAUUUGACAUCCUCCUCUUCCAAAUUAUCUUGUUCCCUUAUUAUUUGUUCAACUAUAUCUCCUGGUAUGCCUGGUGGGUAUAUACUUUCAACAUCAAAGGAGAGGAGUAUGGGGAAAUGGAAAAACUCUACCUCAUCCGUAGAAAUAUGAAAAUGUCACAGUCUCAGUUUGAUAGUUUAGAAGAUGAUCGGAAGAAAUUGUUUCUUGAGGAUGAACUGUGGAUAAAAGAGAAAUAUGAAAUAUACAAAAAAGAGCAAGAGGAAGAAAUAAAGUUAAAAAUGGCUUCAGACCCACGAUGGAAGAGAUAUAGGAGGUGGAUGAAAAAUGAAGGACCAGGAAGACUCACAUUUGCUGAUGACUGAAAGUCACAUACAUGUUGGCUUGGUGCUCCUGAAGAUUAUUUUUAUAAAAUAAAAUAUAAGUUUUGUAUCUGCUGCACAAGUGUAGUAAUCUGAAGCUCAUAUACAAAUAUUGUCCUCUUUUUAAUUUUUGUGCCCUUGGGCUAGCACUAGGCAAUAAAUAUUCAGUUUACUCUU